AUGAUGAAAUCAGAAAACAAAUGGAUAUUUAACCAAGAACCGGAGGACUUCGGUUAUUGGCUAAGAACCGUGGUUACAGUCAACUUUAUGUUAGAAGAAGUCGUCCUUUCCCGAAUCGACGAAGGAGACAUGAUAAACACGCCACUAGGAAAAACCAACGUAUCCCAUGGAUCUCUAUCCCAUAACCAUCUAACAUUAUUUUGGAUCGACACCUACGGAAAACCAACUGAUAUCGCAAUCCGACAAUUAGAGAAAGGCGUGGGAUUCUGGUACGAAUCUUCAACGAACGGGACUUGGAUCCUCCAAGACGACACCAAACAGUUGGAUUUUCACGUACGGUUAACGUCACGCUGCCAAACCGUGAAAUGCGACAAAAAAAUAGACAGUUGGACCGUGAUCGGAGACAACCAUUUGUUCAUCAUUAAAUACCCAUUGGGACCGUCUGCAGUUACCGUACCAUCCAUCAUCAAGGAUAUUGUGACAAAAAGAAAUGACCCUUUAGAUAUCAACAUCCGACAAAACGCAAGAAUCCAGUAUUUGGAGGACGCCGCCAUCCGUCACGAAAAUGAACUUAUCCGCGUCAUCCAGAACAUGCAGUGUGACCAACGACGUGCUAAACACGCACAAGCCGUGUCAACUGCCCAAUACAAUGGAUGGCUGGCAGCCGCACAGCUGGGUCUUCGGCAAUGCAUCAAACUGAUCGCCACCGGAAACAUCGUCUCAGCCCUACAAUGCACCCCUACAACAGUAAAUUUCACGACGGAUACAACCACUUGUGGACCUCAACCACGGUUCAACAAUUUUACCAUUGGCCGGUCCGGUUGGGAACUGCCACUGCUUUCACGCCAUGCUGCUGGGCUGGAGGUAUCGUGA